AAAUUUUUCAAAGUAGAGAAAUGGAUAUAUGGACUUUUUAAUGUUAUUGCUGCAUUUACGAUUUCGAGGUAUUAUUUUCUACAUAUAACCUUCGAAUUUAGGUUGUUUAUGUUGAAUAUAUACAUACUUGUUGUAAAAUGAAUUCAAUCCUAUAUGAUGAAUUAAGUAGGGAUAACUUAGCUUUAGAAGCUGCUCGACAACUUGAUCACAUAAAUGCUACUUAUAAAAAUAUAUCUCAACAACACAGAGAAUUAUUAGAAAUUAAUACUUCAAUAGUAGCCUACAUUGAAGAAAGUAAGUUACGAAUUUCCUCUCUUCGGUUAAAGUUAGCGAAUGAAGCGCAAUGCUCUUCUAAAGUUGCCGAUAUUUUGUCUAAAAAAUAAAGAGUGAAAAUGUCGAAUUCUCCUAAAACCCCAGAAAAAAGAACAAGUAAAUUUAGUAGUAGAUUGUUAUCUGUAUCCAGUAGCAAAACAAAUGUAUUUCACAAACACCAGAGUGCUAAAAACUUUAUCAUUUGGUAUAAACAAAUAAUUGAUAAUGAAAGACAAAAGCUUGGUUUGUAUUUAUCAGAAGAUGUUACUUUGAAAUGGUUUGGUCGUACAAUACGGUCCAGAAAGAAAGUAAAUAGUUUCUUCACUAAUCAUGUAGAGCAUUCAAAACAUUAUUUUACAUCGGUGGAAAGUAUAUCUAAGCUUCAAAUAAAGCAGAAUAUAUCUCCAAGACAAAGUGACUCAUUCAUAAGUCCAUCAUGUUCUCCUGAGUUAAGAGAAUUACUACCAAGGAAUGGUAAACGGAGAUUAUUUCAAUCACCUAGUAAUAGUCCUGAGUGGGCUCCAGGUUGUAGACCAGAUGAUGAAUUUGAUGGCACAGACAAAAAACGGCUGAAACCUGAUCAAAGUCAAUAUAAAAAUUUUGAGCAUUAUGUACUACAUGAAAAUAAUGAUUAUAAACAUAGUUCCUUUGAAUUGAAUAUCAAGGGUGAUGGUGUGAACCAACCUGUACAUGAACAGAUUACACCGUCUAACCUUGAAUGUGGCCAAGGUGACUGUUUGCCAUCAACAAGUAGUGAUUCCAAUAGGUCUCAUGAGAAUUUAAAUGCUCAGCUGCCAAAAUUGGCUGUGGAGUGCAAUGGUUAUGUAGAGUUUAUGCGCACAAGGAAUAAUAGGGCAGAUAGUGCAAAAUGGGAACGUAAAUGCAAAUUACAGAUAUGCUAUUCUGAAGAUCCUCUGAAUGUGGGUGACUUUAUAGUUUGGACGAUUUAUUAUAGUGAUGAGAGUAAGUGCAGACGUAAUCUUUUAGCUGAAUUUAAUAAGAUAGGAAAAGAACAACUUGAUUAAGAUUUGGUGAAUAUGACUCAAACCUGUUUUAUGAUUAAAAAUGUUGAUUUUGAUGUUCAUAAUAACAUUGUUAUGCAUGUUGGUUUUUCAUAUCUGGGACCAAAAGAAUCCUUAAUUUCUUGUUGCAAUUCUCUUUGACUUCGUUUAAAAGCUAGUAUGAAUUUAGAUUUAAACUAGUCCGAAAAUUUGGGGAGUGAUAUUCUCUAGAUAAGUUGAACUAAAAAGAAAAAUCCCUGAAAUUCUUUCAGGAUACAUUUUUAGCUUAUACCAUUGAAAUAUUUUUUUAAAUGUUAGAAUUACUUUUCAGUAAAUAAUUUUAUAUAUAUGGAUAUUUGGUUUUCUAAAAUUAUGUCUACAAUACAUGACCUAUGCAAUUUAAUUUAUUAUGUAGGUGUACAACAUGGAGUUGUGUAGCAAUUUUUAAUAAAAAUGCUUUAAUGAAAUAGUGUUGAACACUUCAAUAUUAAACCACAAUAAAAAACGGACCUAUAUCUUAACUGAAGAUAUUAUGUUUAAAAGUAAAGUUAUGACUCCCAACAGGAAUAAAAGGGCCUUGGAUUUUACAAUGAAGGAGCAUUGUAAAAUUAUACCAUAACUUUAUUGUACUUUAUAAUAUGUAAGUUUAUUUAACUUAAAAAGUAAAGAGGACCACUAGUUAUUUUGUUUGUGUUUUAAGAUGUGCUCAUGUUUUAAGAAUAAAAUAUA